CUUAAUGGAGUCCCGAUCCUUUUUAAUAAUUCAUCAAAAGGAAGACUUCAAGGAGUCGUCGCCUUGCAAAUUAUUGCUUCUCUUUUCUUUCUCCUCCAAGCUCUUGUUAACCAGAGCCACACUAACCAACUUCUGCAUCCUUAAUUCAUCCGGAGCUAUGGAAGCAGCUUUGGUAGCCACAGCUCGCUUUGUGGCGGACAAGGUGACAAUUCUCGUCCAACUCGACGAGAAACUCAAGGCAAUGACUGACAUCAAAAAGAAGAUGGAGAAGCUCAAGAAGUUGUCCACGAUCAUUGACAUGGUGAUCCAAGGAGUCGAGUCCCUCCGUUCUACUGAAGAUACUGUGAAGGUCUUGCUGAAGGAGCUCAAAUACUUGGCCUACGAUCUUGAGGAUGUUUUGGAUUACUAUGACACCAAAGUCUUGCAGAUGCAAAGAUCAAGAUCUCCUUUUAAGCGGGUGCGUCAUUCCUUCCCUUCCAAUAACCAAGUUGUGUUUAGGAGUAGGAUGGUGGGUGUCAUGAUAAAAGCUUCUGUUAAGCGGGUGCGUGAUUCCUUCUCUUUUAAUCAAGUUGUGUUUAAGAGUUGGAUGGGUGGCAAGAUAAAAGCAGUAACAGAUAGUCUGGAUUCUAUUUUGUCACAAAAGUCCAUUCUUCAAAAUUUGCCACAAGACAGUAUCCCCAUGUCAGAAUUAAGUCUCCGCAUGUCAGAAAUAAGUCUCACCCACUCCCGCAAUAGUUGGGAUGUUAAGGGAAGAGAUGAAGAGAAGAAGAUGAUCAUUGACAUGUUAACAGAAGAUGAUGAUGAUGAAAGCAACGAUGGAACGUUGAAGGUCAUUGCCAUCAUUGGGAUGGGUGGCCUGGGGAAGACUACACUUGCUCAGCUUGUUUACAAUGAUCAGAGGGUGCAAGCCUAUUUUGCAAGUUCAACAAUGUGGACAGUUGUUGGGGCUGAAUUUAAUCCUGUAAAGAUAAUGAAAUCUGUUUUAGAACAGGCUACUAAUGCAUCGGUCAGCAUCUUAGAAAUGGAUUUAGUGAUGCGGAACCUAGAAAACUUAUUAUCUAGGAAGAGAUUUCUGCUAGUGUUGGAUGAUGUAUGGAAUGAAGAUCCAGAUGAGUGGGGUAAACUGAAAGCAGCCUUAAAGUUUGGGGCAAGAGGAAGUAAAAUUUUGGUGACAACCCGUAGCCAACAGGUCUCUAAAAUUAUGGACACAUCCAAUACUACCCACCAAAUACAACAGUUGUCCGAAGAUGAUUGUUUAUCUUUGUUUCAACAAUUUGCAUUUGGAGACGAAGCACCCGAUCAAAAGUUGAUGAAAAUUGGUAAAAAGAUUGUUAAGAAAUGCCGCGGUGUGCCCUUGGCUGCCAUAUCUCUUGGUAGCAUGCUCCGUGGUCGAUAUGAGACUUAUUGGUCCUCGGUAUCGAAGAGUGAAAUAUGGAAGCUCAAAAAUAAGGAAGAAGAGAAAUUGUUUGCUAUACUAAAGUUGAGCUAUAAUGUUCUCCCUCUACCGUCAAAGAAGUGUUUUGCAUUUGGCUCCUUAUUCCCGAAAGAUUUUAAGAUGCAAAAGGAGAAAUUGAUAAAGCUGUGGAUAGCAAAUGGUUUUGCAAGUUCAGAAGGAAAUUUUGAAGCUGAAACAGUGGGCAACUGCAUCUUUGAUGAUCUUGUGUCCAGAUCAUUUAUUCUCUUGGCCCCUGUUCAAUAUGAUCCUGAUGUAACCGAGUGCAUGAUGCAUGAUUUGAUGCAUGAUCUGGCACGAUCAGUAUCUUCAGAUGCAUAUUGGAAUUCUUAUCAAGACUUGGUGGAAGUUAUUGGAAAACGAACAUAUCAUUUGCAAGUAGUCGAAGGAAAGCUGCCAGACAUGACUCAGGUCUUAGACAAGAAACCAUUGUACUUGCGCACCUUUAUGGCCCUUAUGCCCGGAUAUUCAUCUUCAUUGAGCAUUAAUCUACUUAAAGUCUUCUCAAAACUGAAAUAUUUGCGGGUGUUAGAUUUAACUGGUUGUGGCAUCAGGGAGAUACCGACGUCAAUAGAAAAUUUGAUACAUUUGAGGUACCUCAACUUAUAUUACAAUAAAAUUGAAGUUCUACCCGACUCCAUAACCCUUCUCCCCAAUUUACAAUAUCUCAAUCUCGGUUUCAAUCACGAACUUCGACGGCUACCAAAGAAGUUAGGGAAUAUGCAAAACCUUCGGGAUCUUGAUUUACAAAAUGAUUUUAGAUUGACAAAGAUUCCCUGUGGAUUAUCUCGACUAACUAACCUUCGAAGUUUACCUGUCUUUAUUGCUGGAGACGGAACUGACGCAUGCUCAAUUUUAGAACUUGAGGAUUUGAAACUUUGUGGAGAAAUGCAAAUUAGAAUUUCCCAUGAUUUUAAGAAUUAUUCUCGUAGUGGAAGAAAAAUCUUGAAGAAUACAGAUCUUAAUGAACUACACAUAGAGUUUCAUGGUUCAGCAAGUUAUCACAAGGACAUGUUGGAUGAUCUUUGUCCCAACACAACCUUAAAGAAGUUGGAGAUAACGAACUAUGAUAGCCCACAAUUUCCAACAUGGAUGAAAGAGUUACAACUGCCAAAUUUGGUUGAAGUUGACCUCCACGGUAUUUGUGGGCAUAUUCCUCAGUUUCGAAAUCUGCAGUUUCUUACGACGCUUAGGUUCUCUAUGCAUGGCAUUACACACCUGGGCGCUGAGUUCCAUGGGUCAGGAGGCUUUCCAUCCCUUCAAGAACUAUACUUGGAUGAUAUGAAUGAUUUAGAGGAAUGGUCAGAGUUUCAUGGUGCCAAUGAAUUGUUCCCUUUAUUAAAGACGUUGUGUAUUAUCAAUUGUCUUAAAUUGAAAAGUAUGCCGAAACUUCCUACAAUCCAAGAGCUUGAGAUAUCAUGCUGCAAUGAGAGCCUACUCUCAUGCAUCGGAAGGCUGACUUCUCUUUUUAUUCUCAGAGUGAAGGAGAUGGACGACAUGACAUGUCUUCCAAGUGGCUGCAUCAGAAAUCUCACAUCCUUGACGGAAUUAGAAAUUAUAUUAUGCCCACAACUCCAAUCUCUUCCUGGGGAUGAAAUGCAGCACCUAGAAAUGCUUCAAUCACUAACCAUUGAAGGGUGUGAUAAUUUGACAUCCUUCCCGUCAGAAGUGGGGUGUCUUAGUUCUUUUUGUUUUCUACAGCUCUCAUGUUGUCCAAGUGUAAUAUUGCAGCCAGAAGAACUCGUACAAAUCUUGAAUUCAAUAGAUGAGUUCCAAAUACAGAUUUGUUGCAACAAAGUCAAUUUAUAUGGGCAAUUACAACACUUACACAUGCUCAGACGAUUGUCUCUAAGUGGUGCACAUGAUGUAUCAUCUAGGUUCACUAAUCAGUAUGGAAAUCCAAAUUUACGUAUUUGUUGUUGUGAUGAAUUAGAGUCGUUGAUGACAACAGAACCAGCAAACAAAACUGUGCUAGAAGCAGUAUACAUAGAUGGAAUUUCCAAUCUCACGGCCUUGCCUAACUGGCUACAACAUCUCAAGUCUCUUCGUCAUCUAUCAAUCACGAACUGCUCACAAUUAGAAACAUUGCCAAGCGGUUUGAAGGAUCUACAUAGGUUGGAAGAUUUGAGGAUUUUCAACUGCCCACAAUUGAAAAGAAGAUGCGAAAAGGAGUUAGGCGAAGAUUGGCCGAUCAUCUCACAUGUGUCAUACGUUGAUAUUUCAUAGGCUCCUCAGAUUUAGUCGGACAUGAUUCAAAAGGUAAGUUAGAAAACCAUUUUAGUUGAAUAAAUAACAGAUCGUUAUAUGCA